AUGGAUCAUUCAGCUCAUCAUCACCAUGAUCAUGCCUCUCCCAAUGAAAACAGUGUUAAUCAUAUGGGACAUGCUAUGUCUUUCCAUUUCGGGAAAAUGGAAACGAUACUGUUUGAUUUUUGGAUGCCCAAUAGCGUUGCAGGAAUGGUGCUCUCUUGUGUUGCUAUAUUGAUUACAUGUUUCAUCAUGGAGACCAUCAGAUGGUUGAGGCAAUAUCGCUCAGUUCAGAAGUCUCUGAGCUCAGAUGUGACUCCUGAACAACGUCUCAGAUUAAACCCCACUUUCACGAGCUCUAGUAUCUUUGAGAGUUUUCUUCAUUUCGUCCAGUUAUUCUUAAGUUAUUGUUUAAUGCUGAUUUUCAUGACUUUCAAUGUGUGGCUCUGUCUGGCUGUUGUAUUCGGAGAAGUUUUGAGCCGUUUAUUCUUCCAAAUACUCUUUCCUUUCCUUGAACACACGAGUUCCUCUUGUGGUAAUUGA